AUGGCAAACUACCAGGCAACGAACGAAGUCAACUACGCUGGGCUCCUAAUUUGGGCAGUAAAUUCGAAGGGGAAUCGAUACGACGUUAAAGAAAUCAACCCACAUCCUGAACGACAGGAAGUCACGGUCGUUUUUGGCGUGAAUGUCCGGAAGCCUUGUAUUCGCUUCCAUAUUUUCUGGAGAACACUCAGAGAUCCAGGAUACCAGAGUGUUUGUCAGGUCUCGGUCUUCCCUUCAAACGCGGAACCUGCGUCCACGAUAUAUCGCUUCACGGGGAGAGAAGCGGAUCAGACGUACUUCACUGGAUAUUCCAACACGACGAACGGAGAACUGCUACGCGCGGAAGCAAACGAUCAGCUGUACAGCGUAGGGCCCUCGUUGAUCGCCACCGUGCGAUUAGACUUCAGACAACUCAAGGACAACCUCCCCACUGAAAGCAUCUUGAGGCUACAAACCCUCAACCAACAGUUCGGUCUCCAAUCCCUCGAUAACAUCGAAGGCGGUCGACAAGGUGUUCUCGACAACAACAUUCCCUAUGCGACGUUUGUUCUAGAAUUCCGUUGUGCUAAUGCCAAUAUGAUGCCCGGAACGAUUCCUGCAGCCAUUGGAGGGAAAACGAAGCGGGGAGGAGGCACAGAUUCUGCAGGGCAUGAUGCAGAAUUUCCUGUCAUUGCUCACAAGAGAGCGCAAGUCGCUCCGUCUGGGCGUAUGAACACAAGAAAUCCUUCCGGCUGCAUCGUUUCGCUCAACCAAGCUACCUUACCCUUGAGCGAGGAUGGUAGGGCAGCUGAUCCACAGCCGCGAGCUCUUGCGUCGAUUCGAUCAAAGAGGACAAGAGGCAUCGACACCGUUCAAGCGCUUCGGGCGGCAAAUGCAGAGGAAGCCGCUUUGGAAAAAGAAGCAGAGAAGGCAUUGAAGGAAAAGAUCGAGCGGAUCGAGCUCUUGCGUCAGGUUCUUGCGGAAUCAUAA